CUGGAGAAGGUGCGGCUUGUCAAGGUGUUUGCGGCUCCGAGUCUUUCUUGUCAAACUUGUCGCUGAUCAAACACAGCUCCUGUUUGCUCCUGGCAAACUUAACGGACAGAAAGACAGACCUGAAACAACCCCAGUUCCCCUUGUGGUGGUUGUCACACAGCACCCAUGGGAGUUAAGUUAGAGAAGUCGCUCUUUAAUCCGGGACCUUUAACAGCGGCUGUAUUGUUUGGCUGAGAUAGAUGCCGCUGGGCGCAUUAGCAGCAGUCAAGCGGAUCACGUCGCUUUUGUGUGUGUACACAGCUCGCAGACCAAAAGAAGUUGUUAAUUGAGGACAUGGUUCAUUCUUGACCCUGGAAAGAGAAGUUGAGAAAACAAACUCACCACAAGGAGUAUGGAACAGAUGGUUGAGGUCUAGCCACCGCGGUGUCGGCACCUGGUGAGCAGAGCCAGCCCGGGGCCAGAGAAGGAGGAACUGUAGCUGUCAACUGUCUGACACGACCCUCUGUAUAAACCUCCACCACCUAGGCUGAACACACACACACAAGCACACACACAAAAACCUGCGGGCAAGAGUCAGACGCAGCCAGGCGCCAAAACAAACUGAGACAGAAUAAGAUUGGUUUGCCUCAGAUUGUUUUAUCUUUUUGCAUCAUCUCCGUAUCAGAGAGGCGAGACGGAGCCACACGCUGCAGAAGAGAUCGAUGACACAGAGGGGAAAAACAGAAAUGUAGCCGACGUGAUGGGAGAGGCUGUCGAAUGAGUGGUAGGAGACCGAAAAGGAGAUACUGAGGAAAUGACAAGGCAAAGAAACGAUAACGCGGACAGAUAAACAAAAGUCUAAGGGUCCUGAAGCAGCUGCUGUUUAUAUCUUCUUUCUGUAUCUGACAGACGGUGACAAGAUGCUCGUAGACAAGUGCACUGAUUAGAGAAAUAGAGAAGAGGUCACUGAAAGAGGAAAAGUGCCCCGCAGCCAGGAGGAGGUGGAAGUGAAGGCCCGAGUUUAAGGGAGGAGAAGAGAAAAGCUUUUCCGAUCUUUCCGACUUUGCUGACAGCCCACAUUUCUGAGCUAAGCUCUGGCGGUAUGAACCAUGAGUCCAAUAAAUCACCAUCAAUAGGAAUGAUCUCCACAGCAACGCGCACCACGGCUACUGUCAGUCCCCUCAGCCCACUAACCAAUGGGAACGCAGUUGCCCAAUCUGCAAACUCUGGAUUUGCUGCUGCCCUGCGUAAACUGGCCAAACAGGCCGAGGAUCCCAGAGGUUCUGCCCUCAGCGGUGAGUCGUCUCCUGUCUCUUCACCCGCCACCAGCCACAGCUCACCAGUCACCACCCCUAAGCGGGGCUCAUUAGGGACCCUCCUGGGCCAGUCCAGGGGCCACGGUGUCCCCAGCACCCCUCCGGUAGUCACCAUUGCGCCCACCAAGACCAGCAACGGCCUUUGGAGGGCCGACGGACGACAGGUUGAACCAGGCGUUCAGGGACUCAGUAGGGAGCGGCUGGGUGCUGAGAACACCCAGUCGCAGCAGGAUAAGAGGACUCCCCCCAUCCCUUCACCUCAUCCCCUAGCUCACACCUUCGGCCUCACCCCCAGCUCCGUCAUGCAAGACCCUCGAAUACAGAGCCUGAGUUUGCCUGGGCAGAUGCAUCCUGUGGUGCCCUCGGGUGCCGUCCCAGAGGAGUACCUGAGAGCGCUCCGGCCCUUUGCCGCCUCAGAUGACCUCCGACUGACCUCUUUGCCCAUGAGUCUUGACCCCGCUGCUGCUGCCCAUGCUGCUGCCGCUGCUGCUUACUAUCACCCUGCCUACCUGCACCACCCUCUUGCUUUACCCAGGAUGGAGGAGUCUCUGUGUCUUUCUGCACUGCGCUCACAGUUUUACUCAGUGCCUGCGGGAGGCGCCUUCCCUCCUCUCCAUCCCUCUGCCCUCCACUUGCACCUGCCUGGAGCCCGCUACCCUGGAGAACUAAACCACACAGCACUAGCCGAGAGGCUACAGAUGGAGAACGAGCUCCGCCAGCGAGAGAGAGAGCAAGAGCGUGAACGAGAGAAAGAAAGGGAGCGCGAGGCAGGGCUGGAACGAGAGCGAGAGCGGGAGCGGGAAAGAGAGAGGGAGGAGGAGAGAGAGAGAGAGCGGGAGAGGGAGCUGGACAGACAGAAGGAGAGGCAGAGGGAGAGACAGCAGCAGAUGGUCAGAGCGGCGGAGAGCCACUACCUGGCUGAACUGCAGGCUCGGAGGGCAGCACCGGAGGAUAGGGCCAGGCCAGGGGAGAGGCUGACCCCGAACAGACUUGAUAAACCCAAGGAGUCAGAGCACCCAGGUUUCCCAGCCCCUAAACCCCUGCCCCUGCAGCCUGGCCAUCACUCCUCCAGGGGCUCUAUCCCACACCCUGUGCCCAGCCUGGUGCCCUCUCACCUGGGGAAGCAUCAUGCUGCAGCUACAGGGGGGAUCCAUGGAGCUCUGGCAGCUGCCAUGAUGACUCAGAGGACCAGUGAGGAGGCGUGGUUAUCACGGCAGCGAGGCCAAGGACAGGAGAGGGAGGGUCCCAUGGAGUUGGGCCUCAGGUCCCCUGGGAAAGGGGUGGAGCCACGGAGAGACAGCCACAGAACCAAUUCCAUCCACCACAACCCAGGCAGCAAAGACAUGCCCCCCUGCCUUGGUGCUCCACCUCCUCUUAUCUCCCCUAAAGGUCCCCAUCACCCUCCUGCUCCCCCGACUACACUGUGGAACCCGGCCUCCCUUGUCGACACCCCUGCAGAUUCCCGUCGAAAAUUAAACCCUCCUACGCCGCCAAGUCGACCGCCUCCGGGACUGACCAGAGCAGACAGACCCCACCUGACCUGGGGGGAGAAGAUGGAAGAAGGAGGCAGGAGGAGAGCAGAAGGCCCAGAGAGGUACCCCUCACUGAGAGGAGCUAGUUUACAGGAGGCAGGCUUCUGGAACAAGGCUGAGCAGGACAGGGCCAUCCAGAGCCUCUAUCACCGCCAUCACAUCAAUAACCUCCACCAGAGACCCCACGUGCCUCUGUCUAUCCCUGGUAAUUGCACUGACGUUGGGGGGAGAUGCCAGACUGCCUCUCCGUCUCCAGUGAGGGAGCGAGAGAGUCAGGCACCCGACAGCAUGCUGGUGUAUGACGAAGUUCUCCAGCAGCACCGUCGACUGCUCAGCAAGCUGGACCUGGAGGAGAAGAGGAGGAGGGAGGCCAUGGAGGGAGGUUAUUACUAUGACCUGAACGAGUCAUAUGAUGAGAGCGACGAGGAGGAGGUGAAAGCCCAUUUGAGGAGGGUGACAGAACAGCCCCCACUCAAACUGGACACAUCCUCCGAGAAAGUGGAUUUUCUGCGCAUGUGUGGCCUCAGCACGCUGGCCCAUCGCGAUGAGCUUCUGGCGCGGAAGAGGAGGAAAAGGAGGAGGAUGAUGAGAGAGCGCAGCCCCUCUCCGUUGGCUGAACGGGGCAAGAAAAAGGCUUCUUCACCUUUAACACCUACAGCUCCCUUAACUACCCCAUACACUGCUGAGCAGAUGGACAGAGCCCCCGAACUGGAGGAGAAAAAAGACUUCCUCCUUAUGUUCAAUCUCUCCCAUGUCAGCCCACAGCAGAGGAGAGAUAAGGAGAGGACAGAAGAGCUACUGAGGGCCAUUCAGAGGAAGACUGUGACGUUGGACACACUCAGAUAUAAUUCUUUACCUCCAUGUAGCAGUCCUCCUGCUCCCUCAACUGGUGACUCCUCAUCAGCCCCUCUGCCGUGUCAAUCAAACGGACAUCUUUACCCAGACUCUCCUAGCCCUUCCCCUCCAUACUUACACAAACCUAAACAUCUCCUCCACAAUGACACGUUCAAGCCCUCCAUGGACUCCCAGGUGGCCCGCAUCCCUCCACCCUUGGCUCCCCAUCAUGAGAGAGCUGGAUUCAUGGAGACUCAGCCAAACAGGAAGAUCCAGGGCCUCCAGAAUGGCGUUGUUGCUUCUCCUCAGAAAAAGGAGCCCAGUCCGGUGCAGAAUGGACGAAAUCGGCCCUGUGAGAGAUUCACACCCGAGGCCUUUGCUCAGCACUUCCACCAGGCCGUGCUGCAGUCCACACAUAACACACUGCAGAACAAAGGAGUCUCAAAUUGUGUCCCGGAGGCUGGCAUGAAGGCUGACCACUCUCUGCCUCACAACAUCUCUCCACUGAAAAGUUUGAAUCAUAACUACGCCCCUCAGCAUGCACACAUCAACGGUCAUCACUUCCAUUCCUCUCUAGCCAGCCGGGACACUCCAGCACCACGGGAAAACCUGUCUGAUGACAAGGAUGAAGACGAGUCUGGGCAGGAGGACGAGGAUGAGGAGGAGGAGGAGGUGGAAGAGGCUCCAAAGAAGUGGCAGGGUAUUGAAGCAAUUUUUGAGGCCUACCAGGAGUACGUUGAUGAAUGGAGUUUAGAGAGGCAGGUUCUUCACAGUCAGUGUAAAAGACUUGAAGCACAGAACUACAACCUGACCAGAACUGCAGAGCAGCUCUCUCUCACUAUGGGGGAGCUGGUGAGUCAGAGGCAGAAAGUGAGAGAGGAGAGAGAGAGACUGCAGGCCCAGCUCGAGCACUUCAGGAGGUGUUUAACACUACCUAACAUUCACUGGGGCAGGGGGCACACGCCCAGGUGACCUCUGACGCUCUCUGAUGGAUUCACCUCUGACAGCGAAGGAACAGUAACAAGAACAAGACAGACUGCAGCCAGACCACUCUGCACUUAAAGCACUUGAAGGAGCCAAUCCUUUUCUUGUUACCUUGCUGGUCAAUCAGUUAUGUUACCCGACUGGUUCCAGAGUCAGUUGAUUAUCUGCCAUGUUUGCCAUGGUAACCGUAAUCCGUGGUGACCAUGUAGUCUGGGCAUUCCCACUCUUUCUCAUUCUGCCCAUGGAUUGUAACACUGUGGAGGUGAAACAGCAUCUUUGUCGGAGUAAUGCUAACCAUUCAUGCGAGUCCCUGAGUUGGCUUUAAGGACUUUCCACCAUUUAGCUCAUGUCAUAUCAAUUUUUACAUCAACCGUAUUGAUCCACACUAAUGAGAUCUAUCAUUUGGCACAAAUCUGUAGCCUCUCUGGACAGAAAUGAGAAGAGAUCAGGCGUGCCGUGGUCACUUGGAUAAUACUCAGAGAAAGAAAAUUGAGUAAAGGAAUCAAAGCACACCUCAGGCCUUAAACUUGAUAGGAUGCACUUGAAAUGGAAUUUGAGGGAAUACUUGACUGUCCUCUGUGUGGUUUAAUGUUGUAGUGUCUACUGAGUACUGUAUCUGACAAAUGAAGCAGUUUGUGUGCUACAGAGGAUAGGAAACAUCUAAAAGAUAUUAUCUAUAUAAUGGCAAAUGGUAUCAACAAAGUUUUUUGAGUUUUAAUAAAUUUUCCAUCAGUAAUGUCAGUUGUGAUAGAUGAAGAGAUUUGUAUGUUUUUAUUGUUUUAACCAUUUUGUGUGGGAAGCCAUAUGUUUUGUUUGAAUCGCUGCUGGUCAGAAUAAAAAAUAUUUAGAAAAUGAAGGAUUUUGGGACAGUAUUUGAAAAAUGUUACGUGAUGUCAAAAUGUUUGGAAGUGGACAAAGGUUAAUUGAGGAUAGAAGACAACAUGGCAAAUCACAAGAUCAUAAAGCUGUUGUCACCAUUGUAUGAUGGUUUAUCUCAUACCAUGAAUUCCUCCACAUGCCUAUAAAUGUUGAUCAAACUUGAAGAGAAUAAAAGUUGUAAUUUCUGAAGGCCUUUUGCAACAAUCUACAUAUGUUGUUAGAUAAUUGGCAUCACUUGAGUGAGACUUAAAAGAUUCUUAUGGCAUAUUUUUUAAAAUUAUUCAAAAUUAUUCAGUUCUGUCUCAGAAUAAUGACAAAUCUAACAAUAUUGUUUCACUUGAUACUCUUAGAGUACUUGAAAUUCUCUACUUAUGUCACCCAAAAACAAGUAGUUUUUGGGUGACAUAAACAUCAGAAUGACAUUGUCUCUUGGUGGAUAAUAAUAAAAUAUACUGUCUCUGGUCUUUUGAUGAGAUUUAUUUUUGUUCAAGCCAGAUAAAACAAUGUCACAAAUUCAUAAUUUCUGCCUCUUUUCCUCUGAACAUUAAAAUCCCAGGAUCCCCCGUCUACAAGCUACAGUAGCAAUCUCCCCAAAUCACCUGUGUCACCUGUUCAGUCUCCUCUACAAACUUGCUGUGAAAUCCUACAUAUUUGUUUCAAUCAGUUGUUAUGUAAUGUAUUAUUUGGGCUGUAUAAUUGCGAUGAAUUAUUUAUUAACAUAUUGCUGUACAUUCUGAUGGAAAUUUACAUUAAAAUAUUUGUAAAAUGU